GAAUUGAGCGAGUCUUCAUCACUUUCUAUCGAAACUUAUUUUUUCUUGUAGCGCUGACGAACGUGCACUCCCUCCCUUUCUCCCCUGCACGACAGCAUCUCUAUCUCUCUUUUUUAUUGUUGUAGUAACUAUAACAGAUUUUUCUGAUAAGGAGUUCUUGUCCGUUGGUAUUGAUUGUACAGUCUGCUCCUUCUCCACUGACAAUCUUUCUUCAAUUCCAACAUGAGCGCUUACAAGCGGGUGCGUUCCAGCUCCAAGUAUGAGGAGGCCAACGUGUCCGCCUUCGUGGACAGCUGCGUGGACUUUACGACCAACGUCGCGUUCCACACGGUGGACGAGGGCAAGACGCUGACGGCGAAGGAGGGCCGCGUGCAGACGGUGCUGGUGCUUGGCACGGAUGCGCAGCUGAGGGAACCCGCUGCGGCUGCCACGUGCCCGUUUUACGAUGCCGCGGUCGCGGCUGCGGCUGCUGCUGCGCCGGAGGCGCGUGCGUACGUGGCCACUGCGUCGUCGAAGCUUCGCGUGCUGAUCGGCAAGGUGCCGUCAGCGGCGUCGCGCCACAACUGCCCUGCCCGCCCGGAUGCGAUCCACGAGAUCGUGAAGCAGGCCGUCGCGCAGUGCCCCUCCGAUGACGAGUCGGCCGGGCUGGACAUCUACUACCUGGGCUCUGGGUACGAUCUGAGCGUUGCGACGGCGAUCGCACGCUCGUGCAACCAGUCCUUCUCCGCCAAGAAGGGUCUCGCGGAGCAAGGCUACCUGCGUGCCGGUCGUCCGGUGCGUGCGGUGAUCCCCUCCUGCAAGCCCGCCGCGCUUGCCGUCGUGGCGCACAGCGUGCAGCUGUGCCAGCGCCUGGUGAACGCGCCGACGAGCCUGCUGGACACCGUCACGUUCGCCGAGAUCGCCGUCCGCUGGGCCGACAAGCUGCGGAGGGAGGGCCUGGACGUGUCCGCGGAUGUUAUCGCGGGCGAGGAGCUGCGUGAGCGCGGGUACGGCGGCCUUUAUGGCGUGGGCAAGGCGGCCGAGUACCCGCCGCAGCUGGUGACGCUGUCGUACAAGCCGAAGGCGGGCAUCUCGCCGAAGGACCGGAUCGCGCUUGUGGGGAAGGGCAUCGUGUAUGACACUGGCGGUCUGUCCAUUAAGUCGCGGGAGGGCAUGUGCACGAUGAAGCACGACAUGGGCGGUGCUGCUGCGGUGUUCUGCGGGCUGCUUGCCCUGGCGCAGUUGGGUGUCCCUGUGGAGGCGUCGAGUGUGUUGUGCAUGGCCGACAACGCCGUGGGCCCUUGCGCGCAGCGUCCCGACGAUAUCAUCCGGAUGAAGUCCGGUGUGACGGUGGAGAUCAACAACACGGACGCGGAGGGCCGCAUUGUGCUCUCCGACGGUGUGUACCACGCCAGCCACGAGCUGAGCUACGUGCCGAGCAUCGUUGUCGACAUGGCCACGCUGACUGGCGCCCAAGGGAUUGCCACGGGCCAGCGCCACGCUGCCAUUUACACAAACACGGAGGGUAGUGAGUCCCGCUUCGUGCAGACGGGCUUGGUCUCCGGUGAUCUCUGCUUCCCCGUGGUUUACUGCCCGGAGUUUUUCAACCCCGAGUACUCGAGUGCGGUGGCCGAUUACAGGAACAGCGUGAAGAACCGCGCCAACGCGCAGGUGAGCUGCGCCGCCCAAUUCAUUGGCAACAACUUGGCGAAGGACUACAAAGGGGAAUGGGUGCACGUGGACUUGGCGGGUCCUGCGACGCGUGAUGAGGCGACGGGCUUCGGUGUGGCGCUGAUUGCCCAGCUCUACGCCCCAGAAUCGUUUUAA